AUGGGGAAGCUCAUGAGGUUGGAGUUGUUCAACUUCAAAUCUUACAAGGGCCAUCAGAGUAUUCACCUCGGAGACUCGUACUUUACAUCUAUCAUUGGCCCUAAUGGCUCAGGAAAAUCCAACUGCAUGGACGCGAUCUCGUUCGUCCUCGGAAUCAAGUCAUCCCAUCUCCGUUCUGCCCAUCUCAAGGAUCUAAUUUACCGCGGUCGCGUCCUCCGCACCUCAACAAUAGGCGCCAAGAAUGGGAAUGGUGUAGAGGGUCAGGAAGAGGAUGAUGAUGAGGGAACACAGGGAACACAGGAUCCGAAAACUGCCUGGGUGAUGGCUGUCUAUGAGGACAUUAAUGGCGACGAGCAACAGUGGAAGCGGUCAAUCACUAGUCAGGGCGCUAGUGAAUACAGGAUCAACGGAAAGCAGGUCACCGCGGCGCAAUACAAUAUGGCAUUAGAGGAGGAAAAUAUUCUCAUCAAGGCGAGGAACUUUUUGGUUUUUCAGGGUGAUGUCGAAGCAAUUGCCAGUCAGUCGCCCAAGGACCUCACACGGUUAAUCGAGCAGAUAAGCGGCUCGCUUGAGUAUAAAGCUGAGUAUGAAAAGCUCAAAAUUGAGCAAGAAAAGGCAGCUGAAACGUCCAACUUCAAUCUAAACCGAAGACGUGGGAUAAAUGCCGAGAUUAAGCAGUAUCAAGAACAAAAGAAAGAGGCAGAGAACUACCAAGCCAAACAAGAUGAGAAACAUGAGGCCAUUGUGACGCACAUUCUCUGGAAAUUGUUCCAUUUUCAGCAAACUAUGGAAGCCAAUAAGCAAGAGAUUGAGAAACAUCAAGAGGAACUGAAAGAGUUCAGGCGAUCUCACGAGAAGUACGCCCUCAGGUUGGAUGAAGCCAAGGCUCAACAGGCACAAGCUGCAAGAAGCGUCAGCAAGCAGGAGAGAGCUAUCAAGAGAAAAGAGAAGGAGAUUGAAGAAAAACAAUCUUCACUUGUACCAAUCGAUGAAAAGAUUAGUAUUGCCGGAAAAAACCUGAAAAAGUACGAAGCCAGGAUAAGGGAUAUCAGGAGGGACGAAGAUAGUCAGUCUGCGACAGUCGAUAGCUUAAAAAAGGAACUAGGCAUUGUGCAAAAGGCACAAAACAAAUUUGAGGACGAGCAAAAGAAACUGGCCGAAGAGACAGGGAUGGUAUUAUCUGAAGCAGAUUUGGCAGAGUAUAAUAAGCUUCGCGAACGUGUCAAUACCAAGAUCGCUGGGGAACAGAUCAAAAUCGACAAUUUUAAUCGUCAACAAAAGACCGAUGUUGAAACGGUCAAUAGCUUGAAAAGCAAGGUUGAAUCGGCUCAAUGGCAAUUAGGAAAGUUGGAGGGGGAAGUUACUGAUUUGGAAGAGCGAAAAAGUCAGUCAGCGGCUGUUGUGGAGCAAAUUGUACAGGAUAUCGAUGGGAAAAAGAAAGAAUACAACGCCAUGACAUCUCAACGUCUCCGAAAUGCACAAAAGCACACAGAACUCGAUGAGAAGCUGCAAGACUGCCUCACCAAGCUUCUCGAAGCCGACGAUGGUAGACGGCAAUCGGAGAGAGAGGUACGCAUGAAGGAAACGAUUUCAGCCCUUAAGCGGAUUUUCCCUGGCGUCAAGGGGCGGGUAUCUGAACUCUGUAAGCCGAAAAUGAAAAAGUACCAGGAAGCUGUCAGCACAGUUCUUGGAAGACAUUUUGAUGCGGUGGUGGUUGACAAUGAAAAGACCGCAAAAGACUGUAUUGAGUACCUUCGUGAUCAGAGGGCGGGACAGGCCACAUUCCUCCCGCUUGACACAAUUCAGGUUAAGCCAUUGAACUCGAAUCUGAAGGGUAUGCACCGAGGCAUGAGAAUGGCAAUUGAUACAAUCGAGUUUGAGAGUGCAGUAGAGAGGGCGAUGCAAUACGCCUGUGGAAAUGCUGUAGUCUGCGAUGAUCUAGAGGUCGCAAAGUAUAUAUGCUAUGAUAAAGGAUUAGAGGUCAAAGCAGUCACAUUGGAUGGCACAGUCAUUCACAAGGGUGGUUUGAUGACCGGUGGACGCGGUGGAGGACCCGGUGGGCGUCGAUGGGAAGAUCAGGAGGUUGAGAAUCUGCGACGACUAAAAGACAACUUGGUCGCGCAGAUCAAUGCACUCCCGAAAAACCGUCGUGGUGCCCAGGAGGAAACGCUUCAGGGUGAAUUGACGGGGCUUGAGCAGCGCCUGGCUUAUAGCCGAGAAGAGCUGAAUCAUAUUGAGAGGAACCUCAAUAGUAAGAAGCAGGAGGUGGCACACACUCGGCGACAGCUUAAAGAGCUCCAACCAAAGCUUGAUGAAGCGACCAAAUCUCUUGACGAACUUCGCGCAAGAGUUGGGGAGCUCGAAUCAGUGGUCUCAGAAGCCGAGGAUGAGAUCUUCGCAGAUUUCUGCAGGAGACUCAACUACGAGGAUAUCCGAUCGUACGAGAAGCGCCAAGGCUCACUACAGCAAGAGGCGGCCCAAAAGAGACUAGAGUUCAGAACCCAGAUCUCAAAGCUGGAAAAUCAGCUCACUUUCGAGGCACAGAGGCUUCGACAGACGACGGAACGCAUAUCCAAUCUAGAGAAGAAUUCGCAGAGAGAUCAAGAGCUCGUCUCCGAGCUGGAAAAUGAAAAGACCCAGAUCGAGGAACAAAUGGACGUACUUUCUGCAGAGAUGGAGGUGUUAAAGGGUGAGUUGGAAGGAAGGAAAGUGGCGCUAGAAGGCAAGGCCGAGAGGGUAAAUGAGCUAAGGAGAGAGGUUGGGAAGAGAUCAAAAGAUCUGGAUGAGACAACAAAGACUAUUGCUGCAUUGGAAGGAGAGAUCGAACGGAAUGCCGCUGGAAGAUAUGCAGUACUCAGGAGAUGCAAAUUGGAGGAAAUCGAGAUCCCCCUGGCAGAGGGAUCCGUUUCUCUCGACGACUUGCCAAUUGAUGAUACCCUUCAACAGAACGAUCCUGACGCAAUGGAUGUGGACGAAGACGAAGAUCCAAGCGCCAGUGCAGUUCAAAAAGUCGAGGUGCAAGAUUAUGGAAUAGACGUUGACUUUGAGGAUUUGGAUGAUGACCUGAAGGAAAAUGGAGAAGAGCAAGUUGAGGAACAGUUACUGGAGAAGAUCAAAACUCUUGGCGGCGUAGAAAAUAGGCUUCAUGAUACAGAGAAAGAUUUCGAGAAUUCAAGAAAAGAGGCAAAGAAAGCUAAAGACAGAUUCCAGACCGUGAAAGACAAAAGGUACGAGCUUUUUAACAAGGCCUUCACACACAUCUCAGAACAGAUUGGUGGUGUUUAUAAAGACCUUACCAAGAGCAGCACCUUUCCUUUGGGUGGAACUGCGUAUCUUGAUAUGGAAGAUAGCGACGAACCAUACCUGGAUGGUAUUAAAUACCACGCCAUGCCCCUAUGA